GUCUUAAAAAUCUAUUAGUCAAAGUUUGUGUCUUCUCCGCUUUUCCUUUUCACAUCACAAUUCAUAAUCACAGAGUCACUUUCCCAUUCGUUUCUAUCUCUCUCUCUCUCUCCCUUACCUUAUUCUCCCCCUCUCUCUCUCUGUUUCUCAGAUUUCCCCCAGGCCACCACGAUCACAAAAAGCAAAAGAGGAAAAGAAAAUCUAUCUCAGAGAUCACCUCCGUCGCUGGGAUCCAUGGAAACGGCCAAAUGUCGAUCGUCCAUCCCCACCGGCCACAAGAGCAAGAUCGCCAGAACAUUCCAGAAGGUCAUGAAUCUCAAGUCCGCCACCAAAGUCGCCUCCAACAACGGCGGCGGCGGCAUCGGAAUCUGCAUCCUCACCAACCCCAACAACAAGUUCGCCGACGACAUACACGCCGACUCCGGCGCCAAGGAACAACAACAUAAGCACAAGGACUCCUCCAACAAUAACAACGCCACCGCCACCGCCAAGGCCAGGGCGAAGCGCAGCGCCGUCCUCGAGGCGCUCCUCGCCAAGCUCUUCGCCGAGGUCACCUCAAUCAAAGCCGCCUACGCCGAGCUCCAGAUCGCUCAGAAUCCCUACUCCACCGAGGCCAUCCAGGCCGCCGAUCAGUGCGUCGUCGAUGAGCUCAAAACGCUUUCCGAGCUCAAGCGGAGCUUCCUCCGAAACGAGCUCGACCUGAUCUCGCCUCAGGUCACCGUGAUGCUCGCAGAGAUUCAGGAGCAGCAGAGCCUGAUGAAGACCUACGAGAUCACGAUCAAGAAGAUGGAGUCCGAGGCCGAUGCCAAGACCGCGGAGGUCGCGUCGAUGAGGAAGCUUCUGGACGAGUACGCGGCUUUCAAUCGGUCUCUGGAGAAGAAAUUGAACGCCAGCGGGCCGUUGCCGAUGUUCGACAACAUCCAGCUCUCUGUUCUCAAUCCCUCGCAUUUCGUCCAGUGCCUUCACUACUCUCUGAGAUCUAUGCGCAGCUUCGUGAAAUUGAUGAUUCGAGAAAUGGAGUCGGCGCGAUGGGACAUGGACGCCGCCGCUAGGGCGGUGGAGCCGGCGGAAUUAGGAAUUCCAUCGAAGUCGCCGGCAGCGGCGCAGCAGUACCGCUGCUUCGUUUUCGAGUCGUUCGUGGCGAAGACGAUGUUCGAAGGCUUCAAUCAUCCCAAUUUCACCGUUCCGAACGCUUCCCCGCCGCCCAAUUUCACUGUCCCGGACGAAUCUCCGCCGGAGGGGAAGGAAGAAGGGAAGGAGGAAUACCGCCAGCGGGAGAGCCACUUCAACAAGUUCAAGAAGCUGAAGGCGGUGAACCUGCGGCACUACUUGACGCAGAAUCCGAACUCGUCGCUGGCCAGGUUCACGAGGGGAAAGUAUCUGCUGCUUGUUCACGCGAAAAUGGAGUGCUCGCUGUUUGGGAAUUUGAGCCAGAGGAAAGCCGUAACGUCCGGCGCUUUCCCCGAUUCCCCCUUCUUCAACGCGUUCGCCGAGAUGGCGCGGCGCGUGUGGGUGUUGAACCUUCUGGCACUGUCCUUCGGCCAGCAGCUUCACAUUUUCCAGGUCAGGAAGAACUGCCGAUUCUCCGAGGUUUACAUGGAGAGCGUGAGCGAUGACGCAAUGGCUGAAAUUCCCGGCGCCGGCGUCGAUCUACGCGUGGGGUUCACUGUCAUUCCAGGGUUUAAGAUUGGGAAAACUGUAAUACAGAGUCAGGUGUAUUUGACGCCGGCGGAUAAUUCGCCGGUGAGGCGUUGAUUUUGUAGGGAAUUUUCGUUUCUGUAUAAAUUCUUUUUGCAAUGUAAGUAUGCUGCUAAAUAUGUCAAUGAGAAUGAAGCGCAAUGUUGACGCCAUUUGAGAUGAUGGAGCUUGGGAAUUUGGUUACCGAUUGAAAAGGAGAAAAUAUGGGAACGUCUGCGGCGGCGCGUUGAAGAAACGCGCUUAUAGGUAGUAGUUAGAUUAAAAUAAUAAUACUAAUUCCACCAAACAAUCAAUGUAAUGAUAAUAAUCGAAAGGUGUUAAUAAAGCAGCUCGUUGGAAUGUAUGAGGAGCACAGCUGGCAUUCUGGUCCCACCAGCUGAAGGCAACCUGAACGGUAUUAUUCGGGCAAGUAGUAUUAUUAUUUUAAGUUGAUUAUGCAACAAAUUAAUUAUUGUCCUUUUAAUGGAGUCUAAUGACCUUAAGCUCCCAUAUGAAACAUAACUUUUCUCCUCUUUCGCCAAAACUAAGCUAUAUUAUUUCAUAACACAACACCUAAGGCAUACGGGGAUUAUUGUGAUUGAUUGUCGGUACGUAAAAACAUAACACGUUACAAGUAAUUUUAAAGGCGGUGUUCUUCGUUAAUGAAUAUGAAAGUUGAAC